AUGGGCGCCGGUGACAGCCCCAAGGAAGAGCAUCCUGAGAAGGCCCAGCAGAAGAGCAGCCCCAAGCGAAGCCCAACGCGCAGCCCUCCAAAUCAUCCACCCGACGCCGAUGCUCCCAUCUUGAUCCCGGGCGAGGACGAGAUGGAGGCCCCUCCUGCCCUACUUGAACCCGAUGACUCGGAAUCAGACCCAGACCAUGUUUUUGACGAUGCAGAUUCCGCGUUUGACAGUGUAAGUCGGCCGGGCCAGCAAGCUGCCGACCACCCGCAGCAGGAACCGAAGCGCAAGACCAUGAUGCUAACUGCAGCGGUCUUCACCCAGACACACUCCUCGACGACGUCAAUCAGCGAGGCCAUGAUUGAGCAGGUCAAGGAACAUGGCCGCCAGUACAAAGGCUACUUGGGAGCAAAUUGGCUGGCUUCAGAUCUCCAAUGUCAUCUCGUAUGGCUAACAUUAGACAAACGCCUUGCCAUUGCCCCCAUCAAGAACCCCCGUCGGGCAAUGGACGUGGGUUGUGGCACGGCCGAUGCGUAUCCUGGAACAGAUGUCGUAGGCGUUGACAUUGCACCAACGCAACCAAACAUGACACCUCCAAACCUUCGUUUCGAGCUCGACGAUCUAGAACGCGAGUGGACCUUUACCAGCAAGUUCGACUACAUCCACAGCCAGUUGAUGAUUGGCGCCUUUCAAGAUUGGCCGAACUUCUUCAAGCAGAGCUUCGACAACCUGGAAGACAGCGGAUACCUCGAAGUGGCCGACAUCGACUUCGUGAUCAAAUGCGACGACACCACCCUCGAGAAAGAGUCAGCCCUCAACGUCUGGCAUGAGAAAAUGCAUGAGGGCGCCACCCUCGCGGGCUUCCCCCUCGACGCGAUCAGCAAGGUCCCCGACAUGAUGCGCGACGCAGGCUUCGUCGACGUUGUCGCGAUUCCAUACCCAUGGCCCAUCAACACCUGGCCCAGGGACCCGAAGCACAAGGAAGUCGGCAGGUGGGCGAUGGAAAACUUCACCAUAGGCUGCGAGUCGAUGAGCCAGGCGCUGUUCACGCGGGCUCUGGGGUGGUCAAUUGACGAGCUUCGAGUCUUCAUGACACAGGUACGCCAAGAUUUGAAGAACCGGAGGAUACACGCAUAUUGGAAUUUCUGGGUGGUGUAUGGUCGGAAGCCGGGCUACGGCUCUGGAUAG